AUGAACAGAAAGAUCAGCAAGCAGCACAUAUCAUCACCCACUCCAUUGAUGAGUCCAAUGGCUUAUCAUAAUCAUCAGUCAGGAAAACGCUCGACAGAUUCUGGAAUUGAUGUCAUGCACGCAGCUGCAAGUGCUUCAGGUCCCAGCAAUAACGCUGCUGGUGGUGCACUGAGUGGUAUGGCUGCAAGGACUGCAGAGCGAUUGUCCUUUGGACGAUCUGGUCGUACAUCUUCAUACGGCACUCCUCCUGUAGUGCAUAUGCCGCAUCCCAUUGCCAACUCCACUCCUGCCAUCCAGUCUCGUCAUCGUCAGCAACGCCAGUCAAACCUUUUACAGUCUUCUGGUCGCUCAUCACCACAGCCAGCGAAUCCCGCUGCUUUACAGCCCAUGGCACAUGCUGCCAUCACUCCCUUCUCUGCCGGUAGAUUCGAUAUCUCGGCUUCCAUUGCUGGCGGUCCUCUGGAUCCUCGUCGUCAGAAACUGUCGGAUGCUCCUCCCACACUCAAUCUACGCCAGUAUCAGUCCUUUACUCAGGCGGUGGCUGUUUAUCGUAGACAAAUACAAGCCAUGGCUGCUGCUACCGAUACGUUUGUUCGUGCUCUUGAAGAAUUGUCGGAUUGUGUUCCUGCUGCCCAACUCUCUAAUGCUUCUGUCGUGGCUGACUUGGACUUUUUUAUUGAUAGCACUCAGUUACUCGUCAACACACAUCAAAUAUGGGCAUCCACAAUCGAAAAGGAAAUUGAAGAACCUUUGUUUGGAAACAUUGAGACUAUCAUUGCAAAAGUCAAGACUCAGCAGGUGGAUAACAAAUCUCGCAUCCAAGGACUCAUUAAUGAACUACAUAGCGAAGAAGAUAAAUCUUACAAGAUGAAGAAAAAAAAGCAACGAGACCUUGCAAUGCUACAGGAUUCUUUAAAUGUCAGAGUCAGUCUUGCUGAUGAAAUUAAACGCCUUUCCAUUGAAAACGAGACGUUAUACGAUACUCUCUCCCACGAAGACAUGGAAAAUAUCUUGAAUUUAAUAUCCAGAGGCGUGGUUGCCGAGUUGGAAACAUACGACACAAUCAUGGAGGGAUUUCACAAGAUUGGAAGCGCAGCUGGCACUAAAUCAAUGACUGCUCGUGACUCCUCUCCAUCGCGUAUCCAAACCAUCAACAGCUCUAAAAUCACCAAUGCUCCAGACACAGAAGUUCCUGCUCCGUCAAGUCCAUUAGAUGCUCAGCUAGAUGUUGAUUUUAUGAAAAAAGUAUUCCAAGGACUUGGCUAA